CAUGGGAGUCCCGCGGCGUGAGGGCCUUUCUCUGCGGUUUUAACUCCUGGGUUAAACAUUUAAAGCAGUUAAUGCCUUUUAAACCCGCGGUGACGUCCGAUGGCUCUUGUUGCCGGUUCACCUUCAGGUGACCACCCAUUUUCUCCCUUAGGAGAAUGAAGCUGUUGCUGCUCAUCGCUGAUGGCUCCAGCAGCCGGUGGUUACAGCCCCGGGGGCAGUUGUGCAGCAAAACCAGAGUGCCUCGCAGCGCGCAGUGCUGCAAAGUCAUAUUCGUUAGCAGCUCGAGCUAUCAGAGCCCACCAGAGGCAUUCACACAGCGGAUGUGUUUGUGUGCCCCGUCUGCCGUAACACAGACAGAGAAGCUGUAUCCCUUUCUGCAGGCUUUCAUUUACAGGAAUGUGCUUGAAGUGAUUGAUUUCCGCCAUGUUCUCACAGUGUUCGCGGGAUCUAUUAAAGAUUGCAAAUCUUCAUCUCCGGAGUCUGAAUUUAAAACUGCAUUUACGAAACCACGGAAGAGCUUUCAGCAAGUCACUGCCUGCAUGUCGAAGGAAAGUAGUUGUUACAGGUAUUGGCUUAGUGUCCCCUCUUGGUGUGGGGACUCAGUUUGUGUGGAAGCGCCUUCUCCAAGGAGACAGCGGGAUUGCAUCGCUAGACGGUGAAGAAUAUGCAGGCGUCCCGUGUAAAGUGGCUGCUUGCGUGCCAAGGGGAAGCGAGGAGGGUCAGUUCAGUGAAGAAAGCUUUGUGUCAAAAUCAGAGAUCAAAUCCAUGAGUUCCGCUACUGUCAUGGCCAUCGGUGCAGCAGAGCUAGCAAUGAAGGACUCCGGCUGGUCUCCCCAGUCUGAACAGGAUCGCUUAAGUGCCGGUGUGGCAAUUGGGAUGGGAAUGGUUCCACUGGAAGAGAUUUCUGAUACAGCCGCUUUGUUUAAAACAAAGGGUUAUAACAAGGUCAGCCCAUUCUUUGUCCCAAAGAUUUUAGUCAAUAUGGCAGCAGGCCAGAUCAGCAUUAAAUACCAGCUGAAAGGGCCGAAUCACGCUGUGUCAACUGCGUGUACCACCGGCGCGCAUGCUGUUGGAGACUCCUUCAGGUUUAUUGCUGCUGGUGAUGCUGAUGUCAUGUUGGCCGGAGGGACUGAGGCUUGCAUUAGUCCUUUGUCCUUGGCUGGAUUUGCAAGAGCUCGGGCCCUCAGUACGAGUUUUAACUCAAGCCCUAAAAUGGCGUGUCGACCGUUUGAUUCACAGAGAGAAGGAUUUGUCAUGGGAGAGGGUGCUGCUGUGCUGGUCUUAGAAGAGUAUGAACACGCUGUACAAAGAGGUGCUAGGAUCUAUGCAGAAGUUUUAGGUUAUGGACUGUCUGGUGAUGCUUGCCAUAUAACGGCACCUAAUCCAGAGGGAGAUGGUGCGUUCAGGUGUAUGUCUGCAGCAAUAAAAGAUUCUGGGAUCAAACCUGAAGACAUAACGUAUGUCAACGCACAUGCAACUUCUACACCUCUAGGAGAUGCUGCUGAGAAUCAAGCAAUCAAGAGGCUUUUUAAAGAUCACUCACGUAAUAUUGCAGUUUCCUCAACAAAAGGAGCAACGGGACAUCUCUUGGGGGCUGCAGGAGCUAUUGAAGCAGCUUUUACUGCACUGUCCUGUUACCAUGGAAUUUUGCCACCUACCCUAAACUUACAGAAAACAGAGGCAGAGUUUGAUCUCAAUUACGUUCCUUUAACAGCUCAGGAGUGGAAAACUGGAAAACGGCGUAUAGCCCUCACAAAUUCAUUUGGCUUUGGCGGUACUAAUGCAACUUUGUGCUUUGCAAGUGUUUAACUUAUGCUGUGCGUAUUGUGAAAAAUGGCCCUGACGAUGAUUUUCUGUACUGCCAUCCUUGGUGCGUACUGUGAUCUUUUCUCAGCUUUGAGAAUUGCUCAUUUGAUACGUAAGAACUUUACUCACCCUAACAUUUACAUCUGUAAUUCUUUUAGAAAGAAGGAAUUUCUUUUACUCAUUUUAAUAAAAAUAAUGAAAGACCUA